AUGAGUGCAAGAAAACUAAGUUGGGUGUGGAGUUUUCUUACGAAAUGCAGUGAUGGUAAGCAAGUUACCUGCUCCAUUUGUGGAGCAGUCCUUAGUUUCCACCACUCCACUUCCUCGCUAAGCACUCACUUGAAACAAGUGCAUAAGAAGGAACCGAUUCGUGGUGGUGGCAUAACACCGGACACGAAUAUCGAUGCAACAAGUGGUGAAUGCGUUGAAACGCAGGCGAGCACCUCGGGUGGCCGUAAGAGAAAAAAGCACGACACCGUUCAUGACUGCACAUUUGAACGUCAAGAAUUGAUAUCUCGUGGAGUGGCACGCCUAAUCGCAAGUAACAUGUUACCAAUCUCUUUCGUUUCCUCUGAAGGCUUUCGCGACUUUAUGAAGUUAUUGGAACCGGGAUACAAAGUUCCCUCUCAACAAAGUAUACUCUCACGUUUACAAUUGUUUUAUAAUGACGUAAGAGAAAAAAUUGCAAACGAUUUGGCGGAGGUAGAAAGCGCAUCAAUUUCAGUGGACGAAUGGACAUCAAGAACUCAAGAUUGUUAUUUAUCAGUCGAAGCCCAGUAUAUUGACAAAAAUAGUGAAUUGUGCAAAGUUACACUUUGUAACGAGCAACUAGAAGACCGACCAAAUGCAGAAAACAUUGCAUCGGCAAUAGAAGUAGUUUUAGCCGAUUGGAACAUUUCCGACAAAACGCAAGCGAUAACGCACGACAGUGCAUCAGUCAUGAAUGCAGCAGCGCAACAACUUUUUAAUAUAGGGGACAGCAUCAAGUGCAGCGCUCACCUUUUGCAGCUUGUGAUAAAAGACGCAUUAGCAGCUGUACCUGAUUACGAUAAAAUUUGCAAAAAAGGACGAAAUUUAACAGCACAUUUUCAUCGCUCAAAUAUUGCCAAAACUGCACUAGUAAACCGCCAAGUACAGUUGGGGAUAAAGGAAAAUCGACUCAUACAAUGCUGCGAAACACGUUGGAAUUCCAAAUAUUACAUGUGUGAGAGGCUGCUUUUGAAUCGAAAUGCAAUCUGCCUAGUUUUAUCAGAUAAAACCGUUACAAAAACUUGCGAUGCGCUGAGGCUAGAAAUGCAAGAGAAGGAGUGGGGUGAAAUGCAGAACUUGGUUGACAUUUUGAAACCUUUUGAUAAAGCGACUGCAGUGCUAUGUGGUGGCAAAAAUGUGACAUUGUCUUUAGUGCGACCUUUAAUACACCGUCUUAUUAAAAACCACAUGGCCGCAUCGUCGGAAGAUGAUGCAAAUAAAUAUAUAUUCAAAGAAACUGCACGUAAUUCCCUUUUUGAAAGGUUCAAUAUGGGUUGUGUUUUAGAAAAAGUUUCAGCUCCAAUAAUUUCCUCAUUUUUAGACCCCAGAUAUAAGAACCUUAAUGAUGAAGAUUCGCAAACAAAACACAAGGUUUAUGACUUUAUCAGAAGCCAACUUCAAGUAAGCAAUGUCAUUAACCAAGAAACAGACAGCGUAGUACAUACUGACUUGGAUUUUUUGUUUGAUGGUGAAAUCCCAACAAAUAAUGUUAUGUCACAAAUCGACUCUUAUUUGGCUGAACCUCAGAUCGGCCACAACAUUCAUCCCCUAACAUGGUGGAAAAAUCACCGUGCUAUUUAUCCGGAACUUUUCAAAUUAACCGCAAGAUAUUUGUGCAUACCAGCUACAUCGGCAGAGUCCGAACGCACUUUUUCAAUUGCUGGGAAUAUUGUCACGCCACGUAGAAGUUGUUUGUCACCGCAAAAUGUUAGCCUUCUUACAUUCCUGUAUAAUAAUAAGCGUUUCUUCACAGAUAUGUGUCCAUUUUAAUAACUUAAUUAUUCCUCUUAGAAGGUAAAAUGCAUUUUAUGUGAUUUUUUA